GGAAGCUUUUAGCAGCGCGCCGCACCGGGUAGGAAGGACUGUGAGUUGGUGCUGCUGGCUGCCAGUGCUUGGGCGGAGCCUGAGGCGAGGGAGGGGUUGCUGCUUGUGCUGCUGCUGCUGUUCGAGGGUAAUGCAGGGAGACUGAUGAGGAGGCAGCGGGCUGAGGAAAUGCCCGGUUCUUGUCUCCAGCACUGGGCACUAUGGGCUUGCUGAGCCGUCUUACACUCGCUUUCCCUUCCCCCAUGGAGAGGGGCUGUUAGCAGCUGGAUUGGGGGAUCUGCAGCCUGUGCUACAAUUGCUCAUUAGCGGAGAGACAGGAGAGGCUGGGGGUGCAUAGGAGACAUCCGAGGGGGGCUGUACCACUGAAGCCUCACCAUGGGGAACACCACGUCGUGCUGUGUGGCCUCCAGUCCCAAGCUGCGCAGAAAUGCCCACUCCCGGCUGGAGUCGUACCGGCCCGAGCAGGACAUUAGCCGGGAGGACACUGGAUGUAACCUGCAGCACAUCAGUGACCGGGAGAAUGUGGAUGAUAUGAAUAUGGAAUUUAACCCUUCGGAUCAUCCACGGGCGAGCACAAUAUUCCUUAGCAAAUCUCAGACUGACGUAAGAGAAAAACGGAAGAGCCUUUAUAUCAAUCACCAUCCUCCAGGACAACUACGCCGAAAAUACAGCUCGUGUUCUACUAUUUACCUUGACGACAGCACAGUCAGCCAGCCAAACCUCAAGUAUACAAUUAAAUGCGUAGCCCUUGCAAUAUAUUAUCACAUCAAAAACCGAGAUGGAGACGGGAGGCUGCUAUUAGAUAUCUUUGAUGAAAAACUUCACCCCCUGUCGAAAUCAGAAGUCCCUCCAGAUUAUGAAAAGCACGACCCAGAACAGAAACACAUCUACCGCUUUGUUCGAACCCUGUUCAGUGCUGCCCAACUGACGGCUGAAUGUGCCAUAGUAACUUUGGUCUACCUGGAACGACUGUUAACGUAUGCAGAGAUCGACAUUUGCCCAGCAAACUGGAAGCGGAUCGUCCUGGGUGCCAUCCUCCUUGCAUCCAAAGUUUGGGAUGAUCAAGCCGUGUGGAACGUGGACUAUUGCCAGAUCCUAAAAGAUAUCACCGUGGAGGACAUGAAUGAGCUGGAGCGUCAGUUUCUGGAGCUGCUACAGUUCAACAUCAAUGUUCCAUCCAGUGUCUACGCCAAGUAUUAUUUUGAUCUGCGGUCCCUGGCAGAAAGCAACAAUCUCAGCUUUCCCUUGGAGCCCCUGAGCCGGGAUCGUGCAUGUAAACUUGAGGCCAUUUCUCGCUUGUGCGAAGACAAAUACAAGGACUUCCGAAGAUUAGCCAAGAGGAGAUCAGCGAGCGCAGAUAACCUGACUGUCGUACGGUGGUCCCCCGCCAUUGUAUCUUAACAGUGGCACCUUCCGCUAGCCACUCUUGUCUUACGUACUGUUUUGUCUGGACACUCGUUGGCUUUUGUCCUAAGACAGCAAAACUUUUCUGUUUCUUUGAAUUCUCUAAAAUUUGGCAAGCCUCCGUUACAGUGCCUCCGUGUCGCAAGGAUGGGAUACAUCAUCCACUCUCUCUUUUUCAUAUGGAAGCCAUUGCCGUUUCUACUGUAGGGGAAUGGAAACGAAAGCAAAGAGCAAACAAAGUAACCUACAGACUGAGAUGACUUAUUUCUCUUCUCGAGGGAAACCAGCAUUAAAGGUUGCUGCUAACACCGAUUACUAUCUGACUUCAUAUUCUCUUGCUGAGCCCCCAGCCAGCAUAGUUGUAUCUCUUUUACAGAAAUGCGGGUCGAUGAAGUAUUAGGUGGAGGGAUCAAAGAACAAGUUUUUUUUUUUUCCCAUGGAGUUAAAAUGACUCUUGCAAUUUUAGUUCAUAUCUAUUCCUUUUAUAUUUUUUUUAUUUGUUGCUUGGUUGUAUUACAAGUUGCCAAUGACCUGAGUACAAGAAGAAGAAGAGAAUUGUGAUUGGCUGACAAACGAAGUACUGUUAUCUCAUACUUUUUCGUUUCUCGCUAACAGGCCUGGGCCACAUAAGUCUCCCAGAGUGGAUUUUGGGGAAUGGUGGGGUGUCGAGUUGCUAGGAAGCUGCUCCUGAUAUCCGACUAGACUCCAUUUGAUUGGCCCCACUGCGGACUCUUAGUUUGGCAUCCAUUCUCCUACUGAGCCAAUGUCCAGCACUGAACUGCGGGCAGCAGUCAAUAGAAGCAUUACCUCGAUUAGAACAGGGAAUAUGCUGCCUGCUGCAUUUAAAGGGAUACUGUCAUGGGAAAACAUGUUUUUUUCAAAACACAUCAGUUAAUAGUGCUGCUCCAGCAGGAUUCUGCACUGAAAUCCAAUUUUCAAAA